AUGCAGUUCGCUAUAAACUCUGUGGCGGGUUCACGGGAAGAAUGGUUGCGAAUUGGGUGCUAUCUUGUCCGGACAGAUCUCGCCGAAAUCCGCCCUUAUGAGGCUGAACAACAAACGUUUCAAAUGCCACAAAUCUCAUGCUUCUCGAUGGAGGCUCUGCGCCGGCUUUUCGUCACAAAAAUACGCGUCGCUGAGCGCCAUGCCGAAUUGGAGAACCUUUGCUCGAGUAUGGAUCCGGAGGAGACCGAACGCACCGAAAUGGCAUGUGAGAUGGCUGCCGACAUUCUGGGUGACGAGCCGGUGCCGGGCUACUACUUUUCGAGCAGAAUGCCUCCGAUCCCAACAGCACAAAAUCAGAGAGCUAUGCAUUUCAAUCAUGAUAAAUGGCUAGUAGGAAAUUGUCGAUAUUCUAAAUCAGACUUGAAGAUCUUGACGCAGAAGCACGAGAACUAUUUGAAGAGUUAUUCAGUGUGCGAACGAGCUCUUCGAUAUCUUUCUAACUGGAAAAAGCUCGAGGAUUUUCCCCCGAUGGGCUUUUUAAUCCGGGAACUCUUGGAGGAGAUUGAGCGGAUGGGGCCGGAGCUCUAUCCAUAUUUUUUCUUUCAACUUCGCUCUACGGUCUGGAACGAAGAAAUACAACUUCUCAUUUCUCCGAAAACUCAGCGCUGGGAGAAGGACCGCUGGUUAGAAGAAGACUUUGCAGUGUGCGAAGCCCAAGAAUCAACCGUAACCGAUGCUGAAAGCACAGACACAUGCCACAAGGUGAUCCGCUUGAUGAAAGUCAACAUAAGAGCUUUCAUACCACUGCUGCGACACGUUGUCUCCAAGCAAAACAUGCCUCGCCAGGGCGUACGCUCAGGGCUUCAUUCAGACGACGCUAGUAAAGCGAAUGUUCGAAAAGCCUAUCCAGAAACGAUGGCAAAUUUGAUGCAAGCCUUUUGGGAAGGGCAGCAGCUGUAUGAAAAAGAUUAUGGGACCCAUGAACUCAAAAUAUGGGUUAUGUGCCAACUGGCUGUGGGACCACAGGAGAGCCGCUGGAAACUACACGAGACAAGGCACUUCAGCCUGAUCGAGCAGACGGAAGAGCUUCUUGGCUGCGGUUCAUCGGGCUCUCAAUUCUUCAAGGUGGCACGCCCAUUGCUCCCCUUGUUGCUUUUCAUGGAAUUUUGCGAGCACGGAUCAGUCAAAGAUUUCAUUGUCAAACCACAAUGGUCGUACACGGUGGCAACUGUUGCAAUGUGGUCUCGGGCGCUCUGUGAUGCGCUAGUCUUUCUGCACAAAAACGGUAUCGUUCACGGCGGCAUCAGACCGGAAAGCUUGUUGAUUACGGGGCAAUAUGUACUGAAACUAAACGCCCCGCGAAAUCCCUGCGAUCGGGCUCGUCGGCGUAAAAUUGAACAAAUCGGUUAUCAACCAGAGGAACCCGGAUAUGUAAUCGAUCAGCUCCUCUUCAAAAGAGAAAACUAUGAGGCUACUCGGACCAUUUGGAUGAUGGUGGAUAGAAGAAGUCCAGCAGAACUGCCACGACAUAUCGGCUUUCUACCAACGGAUGAUACACCAGAGCGAAAGAUCGCCGUGGUUGUGUUAGGUUGCGAUCCGUGGGAGAGGGCCGGACCCCAAUCAAUGCUUGAGUCGUUUCGGAAGUUGGAAGAAGGAAUUUUGGAAUUACAAAAGGAUCCGCAAUGGCUGCCUGCCAAUACCACCCGACCAUACUGCGUUCAUGGCCUCGACGGAGGGCGAGUGAGGGACCCCAUGAUGAAUGACCGUGAUGAUGAUGAUGAUGAUGAUGAUGAUGAAGAUGAUGAUGAUGAAGAUGAUGAUGAUGAUGAUGAUGAUGAUGAUGAUGAUGAUGAUGAUGAUGAUGAUGAUGCUGACCUUGAUUCACUGCCGGCGUGGUGGGAA